AUGGCUUGCAACGUUGUGAAUACCGCUGCUGGUGCUGUUGCUACUGCGUGUACUGGUGAGCGUAAGCAUUGUUGGAAAUGUCCGGGAUCCAGCGACCAUGUUUUUGAGCACUGCCCGAAGGCAGUGUGCGGGAACAGGUGCGGGGGUUCUGGACAUUGGGGGAUGCAGUGUCCCCAACCCUGCACGGUAUGUAACGUGCAGGGACAUUACAGAAGAAACUGCCCCAAGCUAGGCGGCGGGGUGAUGACCGCCCCUGCGAGGAUGGUCGACGCUAAAGCGCCCACCGCCUCGGUCCCGCGUACACCCGGCAAAUCCGGCACCCCCAGCUACGGCCAAUGCUACAGAUGUGGGAGCGCGGAUCAUUGGUCUCCUAACUGCCCUGGGGCAGAGUGUUACAAGUGUGGGGAAAAGGGACACUACGCCAGACGGUGCCCCAAUGAUCCUGCGGUGUGCAAGAAACAGAAGGAGGUGGCAGAGAGCGACCUCUGGGAUGGAGAAAUGGUAAUACCUGUUGAGAAGUGCUCCAAAUGCCUCAAAAAAACGUGCGACGUGAGCACUCAGACAACAGGACGUUGGAUGAGCUGCUCGCAGUUCAAGGGCUUAGGAAGGCGUGCGGGUUGA